AACCAUUGACGCAAAUUUAAAAUACCCCAAGAAACACUCGAUGGCCUCUGAAAUCUGAAUUCCCUCUUUCCUUUUGUCAUAUUUUCAACUUUUUGACCCAAAAAAUCCCUCCAUUUGAUGACCUUCCAACAAUGGCAGCGGCUACCGAUCUCAAACGCCCUCUAAUACUACCUGCCUUCGACGCCAGCGCCCUCACGCAUACCUUCACCGAUGACAACUCUCCUUCCCAAGUCGCCAUAACCAUCAAUGAUCAAGUCGGCUAUUUUCAAUCUGGAAUACCCACAAAUCAAAUAUCAAGUCGUUUCGCCACCCAAUCCAAUUUUGAUGAUGAUUCCACAAGAACCUAUGAAAACCCAUAUGCGAUUAUUGGGUCUGAUGGAUUUGAAGCUUCUGGGUCAACCACGGUGGAUCCGUUUAAAAACCAAACGGCGAAGAUUGAAGGGGUUUACGAAUGGGUCAAGAUGUUGAUUUGUGUGCCUAUAGCUUUGGUUCGGCUUGUGUUGUUUGGAUUGUGUAUAAUAAUCGGGUAUAUUGCGACAAAAUGUGCUUUACAAGGUUGGAAAGACAAACAGAAUCCAAUGCCAAGAUGGAGAUGUAGGGUUAUGUGGAUCACCCGAUUGUGUGCAAGGGGAAUUCUGUUUUCGUUCGGCUACCAUUGGAUUCAAGUGAAGGGGAAGCCUGCUCCAAGGGAUGCCGCUCCUAUCAUUGUAGCUAAUCAUGUAUCAUACAUUGAUCCAAUUUACUUUUUCUAUGAAUGCUCUCCAACAAUCGUUGCAUCUGAGUCCCAUGAUUCUAUGCCCUUUGUUGGAACCAUAAUUAGAGCUAUGCAGGUAAUAUAUGUGAAUCGUUUCUCAUAUCAAUCACGGAAGCAUGCUGUAAACGAAAUAAAGAGAAAAGCCUCAGGCAGUAGAUUUCCUCGAUUACUUUUGUUUCCUGAGGGAACCACAACAAAUGGAAGGCAGCUUAUUUCUUUUCAACUCGGUGCAUUUAUUCCUGGUUAUUCUAUACAACCAGUGGUCCUUCGAUAUCCUCAUAUUCAUUUUGACCAAUCAUGGGGUCAUAUUGCUUUGGCGAAACUCAUGUUUAGAAUGUUCAUGCAGUUCCACAAUUUCAUGGAGGUUGAAUAUCUUCCUGUUAUGUCGCCCUCACAGCAUCAUAAGGAAAGCGCUGCACGUUUUGCUGAGAGGACUGGAAGAGCCAUGGCCUCUGCUUUAAAUGUUGUACAAACAUACCAUUCUUUUGCUGAUUAUGCACUUCUUUCAAAGGCAGUUCAGUCUGGACAGGAAAGUUUGUCACCCUUUAUGGUUGAAAUGGCAAAAAUUCAAAAAUUAUGUCAUUUGAGCUCUUCAGAAGCUGUAGAAUUCUUGGAUAGAUUUCUUGCAAUGAAUCCAGAUAGCAGUGGAUGUGUUAACAUGGAAGAUUUCAUGAGGGUUUUAAGAUUGAAGCCUAGUAGCCUUUCCACAAAGAUUUUUGGAUUCAUUGAUGUUGAGAAGUACGGAAUUAUAACAUUUAAAGAGUUCUUGGUAGGAUCAGCCCAUGUUCUGAAGCUACCAUUAUUCCAAAGAGCAUGUGAAGUGGCUUUUAACGAAAGUGAUGAGGAUAAAGAUGGUUACAUUUCCAUGCUCGAAUUUGGAGGUUCCACAAGCCCAGCCAUUCCUAACUUGGCCAUGAGCGAGAUACACGCCCUCUUUGAUUUGUUUGACACGGAUGGUGAUGGUAGGAUCAGCAAGGAUGAUUUCUUUACUUGCUUAAGAAGAAACCCAUUGCUCAUAGCACAUUUUAAUCACCACUUCAUGCAUAAAGACUUGAAUGCAGCAACAGGUUCAGAGGAAAUGGUUUGAUGUGUCCUCUUCUUUUCUUUUAUUAUAUGGCUGUGCUGAAGGAAUGUACAAAGUUUCUAGGCAUGGUUUACAACUCAUUAUAGCUUUGAAGAAGUAAUUACUCA